UUUACAUCCGGUUGUUGUUUCCGCUGCUGUUUUGACAAAAGAGUUUGUAACAUUAGUAAAUCGCCAAAAUGCAGCCUUCUCCUCAACAAAGAUACCAAACACAGGGACCACCAAUGAGACCACCGUUUACUCAACCAAAUUUUGGUUCGGGACCAAGACCGGUCUAUGGUCCAGGACCUCAGAUGGCAGGUGGGUCAAAGAUGAUGACUGGUCCCGGAGGAAUGUCGCCUCAUCCUGGAUAUCCUGCCUCGAAUCCUCCUUCUUCAUCUCCUAGUAAAAGUUCAAGCAGCUCCAAAUCUAAAGAAACUUCAGGUAUGGGACGUGCAGGCAUGUCACCCGGGAUGUCUCACGGUUCUGGCAUGCAGUCGAUGGACAGGAAGCGGCCUCCACCCCCGCAGGAUCCCCGCGCAGCACAGCAGAUGAAAGUUAAGAAGAAAAAAAAAAUAGCAGACAAAAUUCUGCCACAAAGGGUUCGUGACUUGGUUCCUGAAUCACAAGCCUAUAUGGAUCUGCUGUCGUUUGAACGUAAGCUGGAUGCGACAAUCAUGAGAAAAAGACUUGAUAUUCAAGAAGCCUUGAAGAGACCUCUUAAGCAAAAGCGCAAGCUUCGGAUUUUUAUAUCAAAUACAUUUUACCCACCGAAAUCUGAAGGAGAGGACGGUGAGGAGUCUGUGCCAUCAUGGGAACUCAGAGUUGAAGGUCGUCUGCUGGAAGAUGCUGCCACAGCCAAGCUGAGUGAUGCUAACAAGGUGAAAAGAAAGUUCUCGUCUUUCUUCAAGAGUCUUGUUAUUGAGCUGGACAAGGAUCUGUAUGGGCCUGACAACCAUCUUGUAGAGUGGCAUCGAAUGUCAAACACUCAGGAGACUGACGGGUUCCAGGUGAAGAGACCGGGAGAUCAAAAUGUAAAGUGUACAGUCUUGUUGAUGCUUGAUUACCAGCCCAUGCAGUUCAAACUGGAUCCGCGACUUGCGCGUCUGCUAGGAAUCCACACCCAGACCCGCCCAGUGAUUGUGAACGCGUUGUGGCAGUACAUCAAGACUCACCGCCUACAGGACUCUCACGAAAGAGAGUAUGUCAACUGCGACAAAUACCUCGAACAGAUUUUUGAAUGCAAGCGAAUGAAGUUUGCUGAAAUUCCCUCCAAGCUGCACCCGUUGUUGAUGCCUCCAGAUCCAAUCGUUAUCAACCACAUCAUUACUGUUGAAGGGCCAGAUGCGAAGAAAACCGCAUGUUACGACAUCGAUGUUGAAGUGGAUGAUACCCUGAAACAGCAGAUGAACUCGUUCUUGUUGUCCACACAGAGUCAGCAGGAGAUUGGAUCAUUGGACAACAAGAUCCACGAGACGGUUGAGACGAUCAAUCAACUGAAGACUAACCGCGAGUUCUUCCUCAGCUUCGCCAAGGAUCCGCAGGAGUUCAUCAACAACUGGCUCAUUUCUCAGACCCGAGACCUCAAGACAAUGACUGAUGUGGUUGGGAACCCAGAGGAAGAGAGACGAGCAGAUUUCUUCUAUCAGCCGUGGUCGCAGGAGGCCGUUUGUCGCUAUUUCUACAGCAAGGUGCAGCAGAGACGAACCGAGCUGGAGCAGGCUCUCCAGAUACGCAACACUUAGACUAGAACCUGUGUUUAGUUUGUUACCAGAUAGUUAAUGUGCGUGUACAUCAGGCCCAUGUGUGUGACAACUGGAUCAAGUUAAAACAAUGAUAGCUCCUAUGCCAACUUUUCAGAUUUAUCCACCAGAUAGAAGUUGAAUACGGAUAAGGGCCCUUAUUCAAUCGUUAUGCAUAUUGAUCCCAGUCUUUUCAUUAUACAUCCAGCAGCCAGCUAAAUUGCCAUCUACUGAAGCUAAUUUGGUCACAUAUAUAUAUAUAUAUUUUUAAUAAAAUCCCAGUCUUUUCAUUAUACAUCCAGCAGCCAGCUAAAUUGCCAUCUACUGUAGCUAAUUUGGUCACACAUAUAUAUAUAUAUUUUUAAUAAAAUCCGUCUUUUCAUUAUACAUCCAGCAGCCAGCUAAAUUGCCAUCUACUGUAGCUAAUUUGGCCACAUACAUUUUUCUCUUCUUGUUUUUUAAAAUAAAAUCUUAGACCAGCUUUUCCUAAAUGCAAUUCUAUGCGAGAUUUAUUGUGCAUUUCUAUAUCUGCAUUAUCACAGAUUACUAUACAAAAUCCGACUUCGUUGAAGUGUAAUUUUAAGCCGUUAUUAAAUACUUUACAUUAUGACAACUGCCCAUGUGUGAAAAUCUGUAAAUGGAAAAGGUUCUGUGCAUAUGCACAAUAUCGAUAAACUGGUGCACAAAAUCACCUUAAUGGAAAGCAGUCCGAAGUUAAUAUAGUUUUUUGCCUUGUUAAAAACUAUGAAAAUCACUACUAUUACUAUGCUGUGAAUUCAUUUUAAAAUGUAAAGAGAAUACAUCAACAUGGUAAGUGGGGGAAAUGGCAGUUGUUGUAGCUUCUAAAUUCUUAAUGGUAAUGAAGAAUGUGAAAUUAAGCUUAAUGCCGGAUUGACUGUGUUUCAAAGUGCAGUCUACAGACACAAGAGUUUAUUGAAAAUAUUUUAGAAUCCAAGUUUCACAGCGGUGGUUUAAUAAAGCUUAUAAAAGCCAUGCCCUAAUAUUGCUUGCCAUAUAGUUUAAUCCUCAGUGGAAACUGAUAAAAUAUGACAAGCUAUAUAACAAAGAAGCAUUUUAAAAAUAAAUAUGUUGGACCGAAAAAAAAAAGAUUGACUUUUUUUAUUUAUUCAUUUGCACAGUAGUUAUAUGGCAAACAGAAUAUCUGUCAUGCUGGACAAAAAUAUUUAAUCAAGCAAAUUUUCUUAAUUCUAUUAUUGGUACUUAAAACAAAACUCAAAUUGUACUUUUGUGGGGAUGGUAGAUUGGGGUAGCUUACUUCCCCAUUUGAGGCUACACAAAUUAAUUUGUUUACAAAAUGGACUUUUGCAUUUUGUUGAGGAAAAAAGAAAUCUUUAAAAUUGGCAUAGCUUGUUGAAUUCAGUCAUUGGGGCCCCGUAAAUGGAUUUUCUGGAUCUGCCACUGGAAUUGGGAAUUUUCUAAAGUUGCUACAGGUACAGUCAUUGUCAUUAUGUUGUGUAUAAAAACAUUCACUUUUGUAUAUUACAUGUACUAGGAUUACUUACCAUAUUAUCAUGUACAUCAUUCAUGUAUUUUGUAGGUUUCAUCUGUUUAUCUCAUGUACAUUUUGUUUUGUUUUGUAAAAUGUAUAAAUUUGUGCUUAACAAAAGGAGACCGUGUUUCUUUGCCAUGUGUUUCAUCGAUGUACCAUCUCACACAUGCAGAAUACUGUUUUGAAAAUAAACAUAUUCUGCUUU